AUGUAUCCUUUGCGGACGGCCCGAGGACUUAGUAUAUCGCGCGACUCAGACAUCAACACCAUCCACGUCGCCUCGGCUAUCAACACCAUCACAAUCAACACCAAUACCAUCAAUACCAUCAAUACCAUCAAUACCAUCAAUACCAUCAAUACCAUCAAUACCAUCAAUACCAUCAAUACCAUCAAUACCAUCAAAAUGACGCACAACCCCAGAGAGCCAGGGCUCAAAUUGGAGUGCCUGCCACACGAGAUCGUCCUUGAGAUUGUCGACUGCCUACUCGCGAGCGAUGAGUUCAAUUCCUUCGAGGAUGCAGAAAUUUUCUACCCGGAUGAGGACGGAUGCUCAAGAUCUGAAGAGGUCAUCCACGACUGCUCUUUGCGCUUUGCCGGGGUGAAGGCCGCCACGAGAUUCGGGUCAACUUGCAAGCGGCUUCAUACCAUUAUAGACCCAUACGUCAUCCGUCACGAUAUCCAGAACCAUGCCGCUUCAUGUCUGCUUCUUCCAGCUAAGAGGGGAUACGCGAGAGGUGUGGCCAAAGCCUUGGCGCAUGGGGCGAAUGUCGAUGCCUUGGACUGCACCGUCUUUGACAUUCUUUGCGACAACUUCUACGGCGACUGGCCACUCAGUCUCUACUGUUCUCCGACCAGACUGAACCUCAGCGCAAUACAUUGGGCCGCUUUCUUUGGCUACAGCGAUAUCGUGGCUUUGCUCCUACGGCACGGUGCUGACGUGCACAAGAGGGCUGACUUGGGUGUCUCGUACAGCAGCGGUUCUCACCAUCCUUACCGUCCUGCUGGAUAUUCUCCACUCAGACCCGGUGACAUUCAACGCGGGAUGCUAUCCCAUACGCAGGAUGAAUACGAGCACAUGAACAGCUUCGGAUACGCAGCAACAACGAACAACGACCCGGAUGACAACAGCGACUGGCAUCCCACGAGUGUCGGGGCAAAUCCUCUCUUCUACGCUCUCAAGGCUUGUACCAACGACGACACCCGGAAAGCAUGGAGCCCUUGCAACGUGUGGUGGCAAGGCAAUCACCCCAUCGUUAUAGGAGACGAGAGCGGCUGCCGCUUAGCCAUAGUACAAAUGCUGAUCAAAGCUGGCGCUUCAUUGACCACGCGUACGAAGGACGGGGUUCACGCUUUACAUCAAGCGUGCGCAUAUCGGGAUUUGGACAUCGUUCAGCUCCUCCUUGAGCUGGGCGUGGAUGUCAAUAUCACGGACGACAACGGCAACACCGCGCUUCAUUACAUGGCCAUGAACACGCUUGACCAAGAACAAUUCUGCCAGGGGUACCGUCGAAUAAGCUACCCCCAAGGAUCAGAAGGACGUAUUCUAAGGCUUCUGCUCGAUCACGGCAUAGACCUCUACCGAAUCAGCAACAAGGGCUUGACAGCGGUGAAUCUCGGCCUCGAUAUUACCCACACGGUUCCCUUCACGGAGGCCUAUCUGCCAGAGAACGACUGCGUGUGGUGUGGGGGCUUCCCGUUCCACAUCAAGAAUCACUGUGCUGGGCCAUGUUACAAACGGUACCACGGCACGGCUGCUUCGAACCUGUUAGAAGUGGUUGAUAUGGGCUCGUUUGACACAUCCGGGUGGAACUAG